AUGCCUGCUUCUUCUGCUUCGAUUAUCAAUACCUCAGUAUUCAUUCUCAUGGGUUUCCCUGGCCUGGACCAGUACUAUCCCUGGUUUUCAAUUCCCUUCUCCUCCAUCUAUGCUAUAGUUUUCCUGGGAAACUGCAUGGUGCUGCACGUGAUCCGGACAGAGCCCAGCCUGCACCAGCCCAUGUUCUACUUCCUGGCCAUGCUGGCCCUCACUGACCUUUGCAUGGGGCUGUCCACCGUGCACACAGUGCUAGGGAUACUGUGGGGGUUCAGCAAAGAGAUUUUUCUAGAUGCCUGCAUUUCACAGGCUUACUUUGUCCAUGGACUUUCUUGCACUGAGUCUGGAGUCCUUCUUGCCAUGGCCUUUGAUCGCUUCACUGCCAUCUGCAAUCCUCUGAGAUACACAUCCAUCCUGACUAACAGCAGAGUCACUCAAUUCAUGGCAGCCAUUUUGAUGAGGGCAGCUGUGUCCAUUCUACCUGUCAUUAUUCGUCUGAAGUUCUUCCAU